CACACACACACACAAUAUUGAGUUUACGUCGAUUGGACAAAAUUCUGGUAUCUUUUUGGGGCAGCUAGGAAGACAUCACUUCCUGUCAUUUCUACCAGCCAACGGAAAUAGAUCACUGAGCAAAAUGGCUCAAAUGGCAACCCCCUAUGUUGAAGAUGAAUCUGGGAAAUACAUUGCUGCUACACAGCGACCUGAUGGAACCUGGAGAAAGCCUCGGAAAGUGAAGGAUGGUUAUACCCCUCAGGAAGAAGUCCCUGUCUACGAGAAUAAAUUUGUGAAGUUCUUCAAGGGCAAGCCCGACCUGCCACCAGGUAUGAGCCCCGGAGAUGAGGCCCAGGCAAGGCAGCAGCAGCAGGGGAUUCCCGGCAUCGCAGAGAGUGAGACAGCUGGGCUUUCCAAGACAGCCAAGCGAAACAUGAAACGCAAGGAAAAGCGCAAGCUGCAAGGCCCGGAUAGCAAUGUGGAAGCACUUAUCAAUGCUGUUGAGAAUGUGGCGAUUGCAGAGGGCGGUGACAGUGAGAUGCCUACAUCUAACCCAGCUGAAGCUACUAAUGACCCUUCAGGAGCAGCAGCAGAAAAGGCCAAGAAGAUCAAGAACCUGAAAAAGAAGUUGAGGCAGGUUGAGGAACUGCAGCAGAAACUGGACUCUGGGGAGAUCAAGCAAGCUACAAAAGAGCAGCUGGAUAAGCUUGGGAGGGCCAAGGCCAUACAGGACGGGUUGCUGCAGCUUGAAGAGGAUUCAUGAGAUUUAAAAGUUUGUCAAAAGGGCAGCAGACGAGUUGUGGAAGUUAGACUGUUGGAAAAUACAAACACCAAGUUCUUCAAGAAAUUGACAUUUACAGCUGCAUUGAUAAGCUUCCCUUGAACAUUUUUCUGAGGUUUGGUGUUAUCAGACAGCCAAUCAACAUUAACUUUGGCUUUGGAAUACCAAGUGUACAUAAACCUAACACCUCAAGUUAUGUUGUUGACAAGAACUGAUCAUGCUUUCCCACACUUUCUCCAAAACCAAUGAACAAACAACAAUGAGACAGCCAUGUUUUUUUCUCUUCAUUUCAAAUGUACUUUUAAAACAAUUGAACUGAUCCCGUAUGCUUGUAUUGGCUAUUAACUUAUUGGCCAUUCAUAGUUGUAAUAGCAUUUAUUUUUGUGCUCAGUAUUUUUACUCUGCAUUUCUUAUCUUUGUUUUUUUACCUUUAUCUGUCAAGAGAAUUGCAUAGAUUAUUAUUUAUUGCAUUAAAGAUACACAAAGCCCCUA